GGAGGGGCUGGGGUCUCAACCACACAAAUGGACUGUUGGUUUUCUAUUCCAGCUCAAUUCUGCACCUCUUCUUCAGCUAAUGGAAGGACCAAUCAGCACUGUGGCACUGGAGAUAGGUAAUUAGAUAAUUGGAUUUUAUUUGUUCAAUCAAGUGGAUAGAAGGAGAAGAAGGAAAAAAAAAAACAGCAGAGUGCAAAAAAAAAAAAAAUAGAAAGAAAGAAAAAAAGACGAAGAAGAAAAUAGCUAAUUUUGGUUGAGCAAUUUAUGGAGAGGCUUGACAUUCUUCAUCCCUCUAGGCCUUUUAUUUUGGGAGAUAUCGAUGCAUCCUGCAGAUAAAAUGAUUACCCUGGAUUUCCAGACGGGAGAGUGCGAGCUCAGGAUGGGACAAUCUAGAAGGCAUUAGGAGGGCUGGGAGAUUUUUUUUUUUCGGGCAGGUUGAAUAAACCCCCUUCUAUUAAUCUUUCACAAAGCAUCUUUGGCGGUGGUGGUUGUGGUGGGGGUUGGUUGGUUGGUUGGUUGGAUGGAUUGAACGAUCCGACAAGAUGGAAUCCGAGGGCAGCUGCACAGACAAACUGCUCUGACAGAAAAACCAAGCAGAGGACACUGACAGAGAAGAAGCGGAGGAAAGGAUGGACGGGAAGGCAUACUCUGAAAGGUUCGCUGCACUGCUGUGUGACUAGAAAACAUAAUUACAUCACAAAGGAGAAAUUAUUUCACUCGGAAAACAGAGCUGACUGGGGGGGGGGGGGGUUGCCUCGAGUCCAGGGUGGGGAGGGGGAGAGAUCGCCUGCAGCUUGCAGGGCACGAGGAGAACAAGCCCACGGACAAGAAGCAAAGACAUUUCUUAGAGCAAAAUGGCAGGGAUCUUCUUUUUGGAGGCAGACGUUGGAUGCUGUGUGUGAUGCACCUGCCACUACCUGUCUAAGGGCAGGAGCCACACGAGAGGAAGCAGAUCUGACGCACUCAGCCGUGGUGGGCCCUGCGGUCUUAACAUCAGAUUGCUGCUUCUAUUAUCGCCCGAUUAUUUCCCCAUCGCUCGUUUUAUUUUUAAUUCUACCUUUUUUUUUUGUCUCUCUCUCUCUCUCCUCUGAUGGACUAAGGAUUUAAGGAUGAUAAGAGGCAGACCCUGAAAUUAAUCUGCAAUAUAAAUAUAUCUAUUUUAUUUUUGUGUGGAGGCGAAGGAGGGAGUCUUGGUCGUGAUUAAAUCCCCUCAGAGAUGCCAGAGGGAGGAGGAGGAGGAGGCGAGAGAAUCUUUUCAAAGGAUGUGCUCCAGACCUGGAGAUGGAUGUUUGUCACUGAAAAUACAUUUCUGCAAGUCUUACCACUAAAGUAUGAACAUUGAAAAUGGUUACCCACCCUUGCACCCGAAGGAUGCUUGGUUUGAAGAUCAUUAGAAUGAUUUGGAAGCAAGUUCUACUUAUCUCAUGGGUCACCUCCCUGGCCCUUGGUGGUACAUCUCCAACCUCUUGUCCUGCAGUCUGUACCUGCAGCAACCAGGCUAGUCGUGUUGCAUGUACUCGUAGAGAGUUAGUGGAAGUACCAGAAAGCAUCUCAGUCAAUACGCGAUAUCUGAACCUUCAGGAGAAUAUAAUUCAGGUCAUUAAGACAGAUACCUUCAAACACCUACGCCAUUUGGAGAUUUUACAGCUCAGCAAAAACUUGAUCCGCAAGAUUGAGGUGGGAGCAUUCAAUGGACUUCCAAACCUCAGUACAUUGGAGCUUUUUGAUAACCGCCUGACCACUGUACCUACUCAAGCAUUUGAAUAUCUUUCCAAGUUGAGGGAACUGUGGUUGAGGAACAAUCCCAUUGAGAGUAUUCCAUCUUAUGCUUUCAACAGAGUUCCAUCUUUGAGAAGGUUGGACUUAGGCGAACUUAAAAAGUUGGAAUACAUUUCUGAAGCAGCAUUUGAAGGUCUGGUAAACUUGCGAUAUCUCAACCUUGGCAUGUGCAACUUAAAAGACAUCCCCAACCUUACAGCGCUGGUUAGGCUGGAAGAAUUAGAACUGUCUGGAAACCGUCUAGAAAUGAUCCGUCCUGGUUCCUUUCAAGGAUUGACAAGUCUGAGAAAGCUAUGGCUAAUGCAUGCUCAUGUUGCUGUUAUCGAGCGUAAUGCAUUUGAUGAUUUAAAAUCUUUAGAGGAACUCAAUCUGUCUCAUAAUAACUUGAUGUCUUUACCCCAUGACCUUUUCACACCGCUGCAUCGCCUGGAGCGUGUGCACCUGAACCACAAUCCCUGGCAUUGCAACUGUGAUGUGUUGUGGUUAAGUUGGUGGUUAAAAGAAACUGUACCCAACAAUACAACUUGUUGUGCUCGUUGCCAUUCACCACCAAACUUAAAAACAAGGUAUAUCGGAGAGUUAGAUCAGAGCCAUUUCACUUGCUAUGCCCCAGUUAUAGUGGAGCCUCCAACUGAUCUCAAUGUGACUGAGGGUAUGGCAGCUGAGCUCAAGUGCCGGACUGGAACAUCAAUGACGUCUGUAAACUGGUUGACACCAAAUGGGACCUUGAUGACACAUGGUUCUUACAGGGUUCGUAUUUCAGUCCUUCAUGAUGGCACAUUAAAUUUUACAAAUGUGACUGUACAGGACACAGGCCAAUACACUUGCAUGGUCACAAACUCAGCGGGGAAUACGACAGCUUCUGCUACCCUUAAUGUUUCUGCCGUUGUGGACCCAGCUACCACUGAUUAUACAUAUUUCACUACUGUGACUGUGGAAACGAUGGAUUCAUCGACAGAAGACACAAAGUCUACUGAGAAAGAGCCUGGUCCAACGCCAACUGUUCGAUGGGGAACAACAUAUUCUACGACAUCACUUACUCCGCGCAGUACGCGUUCUACAGAAAAGACCUUCACAAUUCCCAUCACUGAUGUGACAGGGAAUAUUAUGAAGGACCUGGAUGAUGUCAUGAAGACUACAAAGAUUAUUAUUGGUUGCUUUGUGGCUAUAACAUUCAUGGCAGCGGUUAUGUUGAUUGCAUUCUACAAACUGCGUAAGCAGCAUCAACUUCAUAAGCACCAUGGGCCAACACGAACUAUUGAAAUAAUUAAUGUGGAAGAUGAGAUACCUGCAAGUGCCCCAGGAGACAACCAUAUGGCACUACCAGCUAUUGAGCAUGACCAUCUCAACCACUACACUGCAUUUAAGGCCCAUUACAAUAACAAUACAGGAACCCUUAACUGUGCCAAAAACCCCAUGCUCAACUCUAUCCAUGAACCUCUUUUGUUCAAGAGCAGCUCGAAGGAAAAUGUUCAAGAGACACAAAUAUAAGAGAAGUUUGAUGUGAAAAACUAUAUGGACAAAAUAAUUUUCCACAGUUCAAAAAAGAACUCCACACAGUGCCAAACUGUGAAAUACUAAGAUCAUUUUUGGGUUAGUCUUUUACUCGAUAUUCAGCUUUCAGUUUCUGAAUUGUCAUAAAAAUAGAAUGAGCCACCCCAAACAAAGCACUGACACAAACUGAAGAAUCUUUUGAUAAUUUCAAAGGGAUAUUUCAAUCUCCGACUACCUGAUGUAUUACUAAAAAAAAAAUAAAAAAAAAAAUAAAAAAUUAAAAAUUUUAAAUAAUUUAAAAAUAAAAAAAAGAUAUGAAAGAGGGAAAUGUAAUGAAAAAGAAUAUGUAAGGAGAAAAAAAAAAAAAAAGCUUAUUUUGUGGUACAGCUCUUUAUGUGUAAAUUCUAUUUCAGAUCUAUUUUCAUCAAGGAAAGGUGUUAUGGAACAGAAAAAUCAAUCAAGGAUUUACCGAGGCAGAAAAUUGCAUUUUUUUUUUUUAUUAGUAGUAUCACUAAGGAGUUUCUGUUGAAUAAUUCUGGUCUGUGACAAGGAAACAUUGAUAAGUUGUCUACACUUAGAUCAGUUUCAAAAGAUCUUUUUUUAAUUCUUUCCUCGCCAAGGGUGCCUGCAGUUGAUGAAGAUAAGCACCGCAAUUCAGGCCCCGUUGACGAAAGGUUUGGUUAACAUGAGAGAGUUUAGGUCAAUGUUGAUAAUACAAUAACACAUCACGAAAAUGGAAAGGGGAAAAUGUGGAGGAAGUUGGCUGUGGAAGGCGCUCAAAGCAGCUCCAUUACUCUCAUCUGGUGGUUUACCUUAAGGUUUUUUUUUCUUUUU